UGUUCCCAUCUCUCUCUCCUUUCUCAGCAAAAGUCAGUCUGAUAUAAAAUUUGUCUCCAACAGCUUUCGAAUUUUCAAACCUCUCUCUCUCUCUCUCUCUCAAACACUGUAGACUCUCUCUAACCGCUUCUAUUGUCCAAGCAAAGACCCCUUUCUAAUUCCAUAGCCCUCAAAGAUUGCUCCUUUUCUCUUCUUCCUCUUUUGAAUUUUUGCACCAAAACGCAAUCUGUGCGGAGAAAGCUCGAGUCUUUCUUGGCAUUUCGGGGCUUUGAUCGGUGGGUUUUGGUUUUCGGGUCGAGAAUUUCAAAGGGUCUGUGUCACUUUGUGAGAACAAGAGGAUCGGUGAAGAUGGUCACUCUUCUUUUUGGGCUGGAGCUCCGGUUUCGAGCUUCUGGUGAUUUCUAGGGUUUGCGGUGUGUGUAAAUUUUGUGGCUUUGAUUAGGGUUUCUCGGUGUUGGUGAAGCGUGGACAAGCCGUGUUAGAUUGUACCUUGAAAAUUGAAUUGGCUCCCUUUUCUUGUCUCUGUUUUAUUUUCGGCAAACAAGGAUAAAUAAACAGAGCAUUAUGGUUGCAAAAGACCACCAGAGUGCUACAAAUUCUCCUAGUCCUAAAGUGGAGGUGGGAGAGAUCGACACCAGGGCACCUUUCCAAUCUGUUAAAGAUGCUGUGUCACUAUUUGGUGAGGGGGCAUUCUCUGGCUCUGGGGAGAAACCUGCCAUUAGGAAGAUAAAACCCCAGUCAGCGGAGCGAGUGCUAGCCAAUGAGACACAGCUUCACCUGGCCCAGAAAGAAUUGAACAAGCUGAAGGAACAACUAAUGAAUGCUGAAACUACUAAAGCCCAAGCACUUGUGGAGCUUGCAAAGGCCAAAGUAAGUCAUGAAGAGCUGAACAAGAAGCUGGCAUCUCUCGGUGAAUCUAAGGAAUCCGCAAUAAAGGCAUCAGAAGCUGCAAAAAAUCAGGCAAAGCAACUCGAAGAAGCAAACAAUGGGAACCUAGCUGGAACUGAUGGUGCUUGGAAGCAAGACUUGGAAACAGACAGAGCACAAUACAUGAAUGUAAUUACUGAACUUGAUGCUGCAAAGCAAGAGUUGAGGAAAAUCCGUCAGGACUGUGAUGCAUCCUUAGAAGCAAAAGUUGCUGCAUUCAAGCAGGCGGCAGAAGCUGAAGAUGCAGCCAAAGCAAAUGCGGAGAGGGUUAAUGAGCUCUCAAAGGAAAUUGCAGCUGUGCAUGAAUCAAUUGGGCAAGUGAAGCUUGCAUCUGAGGAAGCCCAGCAAGAGAAAGCAAAGGUAUUUUCCGAAAAGGAUGUCCUGAGGCAAGCAUAUAAGGCUACGGCAGAAGAGUCUGCAAAGAAAUUGCUCUCUCUACAAAAACAGUUUGAUCCAGAAAUUUCCAGAAAUCUUGAAGCACAACUUGCUGAUACAUUGAAUGAAAUUGGAGCUCUGCAAAAGCAAAUGGAGAAUGAAAAGGCUUCAGAUUUAGAUUCUGUAAGAACGGUCACUUCGGAGCUGGAUGGUGCUAAGGAAUCACUGCAUAAAGUAGCCGAAGAAGAAAACGGCCUCAGAAGUUUAGUUGAAGCACUUAAGGUGGAAAUUGAGAAUGUGAAGAAAGAGCAUGCUGAGCUCAAGGAAAAGGAAGCGGAAACAGAAUCUAUUGCUGGGAACUUACAUGUCAAACUGCGGAAAACUAAGACUGAGCUUGAAGCAUGCCUAGCCGAAGAAUCUAAAGCCAGAGGUGCUUCCAAUGAAAUGAUAGCAACACUAAACCAGCUGUCGUUGGAAAUUGAAAAUGCUCGACGGGAUGCAGAAGAGAUGAAGAUUAAAGCGGAGGAAAUGAAAAAGGAAGCUGAAACUACCAAAAGUGCUGUAAAAGAGGCCGAGAAGAAGCUGAAAAUUGCUCUGGAAGAAGCUGAAGAAGCUAAAUCAGCAGAAGAAAGUGCCCUUGAACAGAUUAGAACUUUAUCCGAGAGAACUAACGCUGUUCGCGCAUCAACAUCUGAGUCUGGUGGCCAGAUCACUAUAUCGAAGGAUGAAUUUGAGUCUUUGAGCCGAAAGGUUGAGGAGUCCGACACAUUAGCAGAAAUGAGAGUGGCUGCUGCCAUGGCUCAGGUGGAAGCUGUGAAGGCUAGUGAAAAUGAGGCCUUGAAGAAGUUAGAGGCAACCCAGAAGGAGAUUGAAGAUAUGAAGGCUGCAACUGAGGAGGCCAAAAAGAGGGCCGAAAUGGCUGAAGCAGCCAAAAAGGCAGUGGAAGGAGAGCUCCGAAGGUGGCGGGAACGCGAGCAAAAGAAAGCAGCAGAUGCUGCCUCACGGAUAAUGGCAGAGACAGAGGAGUCGGUGGAAUCAUCCCCGCGCCAUUACAGGAUUCAAAAGCAGAACUCCCAGACGAAAACUGUCCAGGGCCGGAAGAUGGAGAAAGCAAAGACCUCUGUUUCAAAAAAGACACUAUUGCCUACCCUCAGCGGGAUGUUUAAUAGGAAAAGGAACCAGAUUGAGGGUGGCUCUCCUUCUUAUCUCCCUGGUGAGAGACCCCUUUGAUAUGUGUGUGUUACCAAAUGUGGAACUAUGAAGCAUUGUAGACCAGAGCAUGUUUGGGUAUGUCUGCAUUAAGAAGCUCGAACGAUCUUCGCUGUAUGUAACUCCAGAGAGCGUGUGGUUUUGUAUAUUGCACACAAUUCUUGGAUUUUCGGUUUUAAGUUUUGCUGUAGAAAUCAA